AUGGUUUGCACUAACGUCAUUCGAGCUGCCAUACGUGAGGCAGUGGAAGAGGUUGUGAAGGCAACCAAAGAGGCCUGGCAUGUAUCUGAAGAGGCGGAACAAAGACUUCGCAUGGAGCGAAGACGCCUGCGAAGACGACAAGCAGAACGUGACCGCGCGGAGCAGGAGUUGCUUGACGUUGAAAACAGAAGCCUUUUAUGGGACGAAGAGGAAGGGAAGGAGCCAAAAAAUUGGGUUGGUGCAGGUGCUGAAGAGGAGAUGUUUGGCACUCCCUUAGGGCAAUCUACAAGGUGUCGUGGGCAGAAGAAACAGGGGGAGAAGCUACAGAUCAAUCCACAACCUCCGCCUGGUGACAGCUGCGGUGUAUGCCAACGCAAGGACACGGUAGGCCCUUGCGUGAAAUGUGGAUUACAAGUGUGUCUGUACUGUGGCCCUGCUGUUCCACACCGUACAUGUUGCGAGCAGCAACACAUUGACGUUGUGAAUGCUCACCGACGUCACCUGUCGCGGGAGCGGCACGAGGAGGAGCAAAUGGAAAAUGAUGCGGAACCAAACAAGGGAGAUGAAUCAUCAUUAUGGGAGGUAGGAGACCUUGCGGGUAUUCUGCCACAACGAGGUGAAAUGGAGACUUCACCGCUUGGCGUACGUCGACAACUAUUGCCUGAUGAAAGCAGCGAGGCGAAGACGGAUGACUACGAAGAGCACCCUGAAAAAGGGGAUGUGAUGAGGGAAACGAAACGGCCCGAGACUACUGGAAUGGUGGAGGAACCCAGGACAGAGCGAAAACGGUAUGAAGCCUUCUUUGUGCCGUUAACCUGUGAUGCGGAGCCGAGGCGGCCAAAGCCGCCGACGCCAAGAAAUUACGUCCCGGGUGUGUUUACCGCGACGUCGAGGCUUGCAAAGGCGGAGCGGAGGUGCAGUCCGCCUGUGCGUCGUGCACGCAGCAACCGACGCGUGGACCCUGCCACCGAAAAGGAGGCGCGGCAGUGGCACUCGCGAUUCCCCGGGAGUGCCCCGAAGGAGCGUCCGCCGUGCUACGCCAACCAAAAACAGUACCGCCAGCCAGAUCUCCGCCAGCCCUUCACUGCGUUGCAUCGACAGGCCAAGGAUCCACUGCUUGGCCGUCUUGACUGUGACUGGCGACUUCGCCGACGGGAAACGGAGCGGGUCGUAAUGCAGGAUCCACUUUCUGGGUCUAGAGGACCAUCCUCUACUAGUCAUCGGGAAAGCAAGCUUCCGGCUAAAACAGCGCGCCUGUCGCGAGGCAUGGCAGAGCGUAUUUCUCCCGUAGACCACUCCAUCGAGCUCGAUGAUAGCGUUAAUGAAUUUGCCCGCCGAGACCCCAAUGGACUUGAACGCACCUACUACGCCGGAAAGCCUGUGCGACCUCCUGAACAGGAGUACAACUCGGAUGACGUGGCAGACAUGAGCCAUCGCUACAAUACACGAAGGCAGCAUCAGGAACAGUAUAGGCCGAGGAAAUUGCCGUCUGGAGAAGAUGAACAGCAUGUAAACGUGCGCCGGGAACGCGUGAUUCUCACGAGUUAUCAUGAAUUGCCUCAUUACACAGGGACACAGCGGCGUAACGAGUCGGUGCGGUAUGACGCACGACAGUGUGACGAGUACAACGUCCACACCACGCCAACGCUGCAGCAGUUAGACCAGCGUCUUCGGCAUCUGCAACGGCAUCGCGUUUUUGAUCGUUCGUAUGAGCGCUCCCCUGACAUUCAUUGCUUGCGUCACCACCUCCAUCAAGAGACCGAGAGGAACUACCGACACGCUGCAGCAUCUAGUACGGCACGACGGCCCACAGCAUGUCAUGAUCCCUGUAUCACUGUUCACCUCUUUCCGAACACCUAUGAUUCCACGGCAACAACAGCCACCGCGUCAAGGCAGAGGACACGCGGAGGAAGCAGCCGGCGACACGCCAGUCGUAUUGGUAGGCGUUCAACGCCCCGGGUUAUUUCCCCACCGUGGCGAACAGAUUUAAACUCUGAACUUGUGCGUCCUCCGUGGAAUUUUGAGCAGCCGCACUCAUUUAUAGCAAAGCCGUACAAGCAAAUUUUGUUGCCUUUUGAAUCAUAA